AUGGCGAAUCGAUCUUUGCGUCUCGAAAUCGCCUCUCGCUCGCUCUGCGCGCCAGCAUCACCGCUGCCGCCCCCAUUCAGCCCCGCCUGUCGCUGCCUCCCUCUGUCCACCUCCACCACCGUUGUGCCCUUCUCACUCGUGGACUACCUCGUCGCCGCUUGCGGCCUCGCCCCAGCCCAAACCCGCGAGGUGUCCAAGAAAGCGUUCCGCGAGUUAUCCGGAGCAUCCAAGAGACCAGUAGAGGAGAUCUCACGGUCCCGCCUCCUUUCCGCCUCCAACCCAGAUGCCAUCAUUGCCCUGCUCGCCGGCGCCGGCCUCUCCCGCGCCGACAUUGCCGCCGCCGUCUUCGCGGACCCGACGCUCCUCCGUGCUUCGGCGAAGAACAUCGCGCCCCGCCUCCUUGCUCUCCUCGAUCGCGCCGGUCUUUCUACACCCAAAUCGCUCGCUUCCUCCUGGAAUAGGUACCUCUUCAGCGCGAGCCUUGAGAGGUUAAUCCAGCCUAACAUCGCUUUGUUGCUUCAGUGGGGUGUUCCAGAUAUUGCUCAGGCAGCCCAGCUGUGUUCAAAGAUCCCACGGUUGCUUACCUACAACAAUCCGGAACGCGCGAAAGAGCUUUUGAUACGGGCGGAACAACUUGGGGUGCCUCCGACUUCACAGAUGUUCAAGCAAGCAGUCGCCGCCGUUGCCUGUACUUCCAAAGAGAAGGUUGUUGCCAAGCUUGAGUUCUUUAAGAGGACUCUUGGUUGUUCCGAGUCUGAGGUUUCCACUGCAGUGUCCAAGAUGCCAGCUAUAUUAGGAUUGUCUGACGAAAUUCUUCUUCGCAAGAUUGAGUUCCUAGUCAAUGAGGCUGCGAUGGAGCCAUGGUACAUUGUGGAAAGGCCUGUCCUGUUCGCAAUGAGCCUUGAGAAGCGGUUAGUGCCCGGCAUUAUGUCACGAAGGUCCUGCAGGAAAAGGGAUUGA